AGAGGGAACGUAACGAGAACUUGUUGCUAAGGGGACUUCACAAGAGCUUGUCGAAAGCGGGUCGCUAGCCCUGGGGUUACAUUGCUUAACCUGAUGCAGACAUCUGCACGUAAAGCCAACAUCUAAUUCAGUGCGUUGUAGAAGUCGAAGAAGAAGAAGACGGGAACUGACAGUCAUGUCUCUUGUGAAAAACCGCAUUGUGCACUCCCCUUAUCCACCUCUCGAUAUACCAGAAUGCACGCUCUACGAUUUCAUAGCGGAAAAGCUGGUGGAACACGCAGAGAAGACAGCUUACAUUGAAGGCACCGAGACCACAAGUUUCGCCGAACUACUGAAGCUUGUGCGCCAGUUUGCUACGGGAUUCCAAAAGAACGGUGUCUGCCGGGGCGACCGCGUCAUCGUGGCUCUCAACAAUACGACCGAUGGGCUUGUCGCCAUCCUGUCGCUCAUGUUCUCCGGCUGCGUCCUCUGCUUUUCCAGUGGCCCAAGAACUAAACAGGAUUUGGUGUACCAUGCGAAGGAUGCCGGGGUGGCAUAUUGUCUCGUGGACGCCUCUCAGUUGGCGAUGUUCGUGGAACACCAGGAAGAGUGCAACUUCAAGAAAAUAUUCGUCACCAGGGAUACCAUGGGCUUUGUGGCCAUCACGACAUUCAGGCGGCUCCCAGAGAUGGCUUUGGAAGCUCUGCGUGAGACUGACACAAAAAAGGCGCUCUGCGCUAUCGCCUUCACGUCGGGAACAAUUGGCGAUCCCAAAGGAGUCAUGCUUUCGCAGUACAGCUUCGUCGCUGGGAUUCAGGGCCUGCUGGCAAUAAAAUGCGUGUCUGAAGACGACGUGUGCCUUAACCUCUGGAGACUGUUUUCAGUUAGUUCAGUGCGGGUCUUUCUGACAAUGCUAUGUACCGGUUGCACUGCUGUAAUGGUCAAACCGGACAGUGGAAGCCCAAAGUUGAUGGAACAAAUCAGACGCCACAAUGUCACCGCCGUGUGCGCCUCGGCGACGCCCAUGAGUGCGCUGGCCACCGACGCCUACAGCAUGGGCGAGAAGCUGCCCACUGUCCGGCGCACCUGCAGCAUCGGGGGCACGCUGCUGCCCUCUGUGUUGGAGAAGAUGCGCGACGUGUACCAGCUGCUCGCGGUGACGCACAUUUACGGCAUGACCGAAGCGGCCGGCUGCGUGUUGGUGCCGCCCAUCGACGCCCUGAGCCUGCCGUUUCUCGGCUUCGCCGGCCCCGGCGUGCUCAUCAAGGUGGUGGACGUUGACACAAAACAACUGCUCCCAGAAGGAAAAAACGGACACAUCUGCUGCAAAAUUCCGAGCGUAAUGUUGGGAUUCCUAAACAAACCGGAAGAGACGCGAGAAGUUCUUGACCCCGAAGGAUGGCUCUUCACAGGAGACUUCGGGUACUACGACGCGGAAGGCCGCGUGCACUACAUCGACCGGCUGUCCGACUUGGUCAAGUGCCUCGGUUUCCACGUGCCCACGGCUGAGCUCGAGCAGGUGCUCCUCACCGUCCCGGAGGUAGGCGAGGCUGCCGUGGUCGGCAUUCCCAGUGUCCAGUACCAGGACGCGCCACUCGCCUUCAUUGUCACCAAACCGGGCAUGGCAGCCAGCGCCUCCCUCGCAGAGAAGAUCAAGAAGCGUGUGGCAGAGAGCUGUCCCAAACACAUGCAACUCUACGGUGGUGUCGCGUUCGUCGAAAAGUUGCCCAAGAAUGACAUGGGAAAGGUGCUCAAGAGGGAGCUCCGGAAAUUGGCUCUAGAUCCAAAGACGCAGAAGUUGUGAAGUAAAGGCCCUAUGCCAAUGAAGUAUUCUUGCUAUUCUAGA